UGAAACAUUGAAAGACGAAGAAACAGUUGCACGGAAUUCUAAUCAAGUAAUAGUUUGCUCUCAUCUUGCACUGAACAGCCUGUUUCCAGGGCCUGGGUUCCAUGAUAGACUUGAUGACAAAGCUAUAUAAAAGAUUGCAAAUCGUUCCACAAAAGACUAAGAACCUGGAAUAUCAAACGUUUUGACUGAUUAACAAUUCAGGACCGUGAAAAUAUUAAAGGAAACCAAACAUGUAGCUUACGUGCUUCUGAGAAAAGCGAUCGAUACAUGAUAAAUAUUUCAUACAAUAAAUUGAUAGCAUUUACAUAAUGUUCAAUAGAGAAGUCGCGGUAAAAGGCAUAAUCGGGCGCGAAAAACGGACACAAGGCAAACACAAUCGCUUUGUAACUGUUUCUAUUGCAAUAAAUGAACUGCUGGUAAUUAAUUGCGAGUUCAGAACGUGAUUUCACUGCGGCCAUAAGAUAUUUCACAAAAGCAUUCCGAUAAUUGACGAAGCUUUGCUCCGUUUCUGGUACAAUUGUCAGAAAAAAUCUUUUCUGCUGGAUUUCGUGCAGCGCGGGAAAAAAAAAAACAGCGUUCGCGCGGGAAAAUCCAUCGUACGUUAGACGCGCCCUGAGAUCAUCUUGUUCAUUGCCGUGGUUAAUUUCGUCGGAGUGUGAUUUGAUGCUUGGGUGUAGGUUUCUGUCGCGGUCCAUUAUAAUCUACACUCGACGUGACGUACAUCGAUUGUACAGAAGAGAGCGCCAUGAUCCGCAGUAAAGUUCUGAGAAUCGUAAAUGGAUUUUUAAAAUAAACAGUAAGUGAUGCAUCGCCGGUAAAUAUGAACCUUUGGAUUUAUGGUGGAUAUUAACAAUGGUGCAGAGCAAAGAAGAAGGGUUUCCUGUGCGGUACAUCGUUGCCAUAGUAACGUCAGGAAUCGCCGUUAUCGUCACAGUGAUUGUGUACAUGACAUGGCUGUACUGCAAGCGGAAGCGACACCGAUUCCAGUGGUACGAGAGUUCGGACGAGGAGUGUUCGCCAAACGCCAUUCAUCCCGGCUCCCACAUGAAAAUCUCCCAAAGCACGCCGGAACUAAACAAACACUUCAUGGAAGAGGACGAGGGGGUCGGGAAGAAGGGGAUUUUCCGACUAACUAACGUCAGACAGUCUACCCUUCCAACAGUUUCACAGCGCCAUGAACUGUUCAAACGUCAGUUGUCGCACAAACUGGAUCUCUCUAACAUAGAAUUUCAAGUCCAUAGCGUUAAGCAUAAAGAACAGCCUAAUUUAGGGGUAAUCAAACCAGAGCUAUACAAACAGGUUUCAAUAGACAGUGUCAAAAGUGAGCACUGCAUCUGUGGGAAACUCUUUUUUACUCUCUCAUACACACAUGGCUCCGAGAGCCUCGUUGUCAAUGUUCUACGGUGCGAAGAUCUUCCCGCCAAAGAUUUUUCGGGAACGUCUGAUCCUUACGUCAAAAUUUAUCUUUUACCUGAUAGGAAACACAAGUGUCAGACAAAAGUUCAUCGAAAAACACUAUCUCCCGAGUUCAAUGAAAAAUUUGCCUUUUCUGUUCCAUAUAAAGAGCUAACUUCACGUGUGCUGCAGUUCAAUAUUUACGAUUUUGAUCGUUUUUCCCGCCACGAUCUUAUAGGAACAGUUGUUAUAAAGGACAUCUUGUGUGAAGGAAGUUUAGCCAAUGAGACGUUCUUUGUUCGAGAUGUGAUGAGUGCUAACCAGGAAAAGUUUGACCUUGGGGAGUUGAUGCUGUCCCUCUGUUACCUACCCACCGCUGGGCGCCUUACCCUUACCGUUGUCAAGGCUCGUAAUCUUAAAGCCAUGGACAUCACAGGUGCUUCAGAUCCGUAUGUAAAGGUUUCAUUGAUGUGUGAAGGAAAGCGAAUAAAGAAAAGAAAGACCUCCGUCAAGAAGAACACGUUGAAUCCAGUCUAUAACGAGGCUCUGGUCUUUGACGUUCCUCAAGAAAAUGUCGAUGACGUAUAUCUUGUAGUCAAAGUAAUUGAUUACGACAGAAUAGGAAGCAACGAGGUGAUGGGCUGCUGUGCUCUAGGUCCAAAACACGUCGGUUUGGGUAGAGACCAUUGGUUCGAGAUGCUGGAAAACCCGCGAAAACCCGUGGCUCAGUGGUACACUUUACAGGAGCACGUUCCUUUCUGUACAAACGAGAGCACUAUGGGUAAAUGUCGACUGAACUGCCAGGGUCAGUCCCGGCAAUCCACUGUGGACUCAAGCGAGGGAAGCCUAUAUGGGUAAAGAAACACUGUAGAAAGCUCCAUCAACAAAUGUACACGUUGCUGCCCAGCGGGCUAUAACGAUUGGACAAAAGUUUUGUUUAGAAUAAUUAAUGACAUUUGAUAACAACUGUAUAUGUACCUACACAAUCAUGCCGAAGUUCAAAUUUUUCAUUUAAAAUUAUUAAAUGAUGUUUUCCUUAUUUAAAGCAAUAUGCUGUCGGCGCAUGCAAGUUUAUGUUGGCAUUCUAAGAAUCUAGAGAAAACUAUAUUUAUAAUGUAAAUAAUGUACAUGUAUGGUCUUAUAUGUAUGCAUCUUAUUUAUUACUGAAUUUUCUCAAAUCAUGCUCAUGGUAUAUAAGUUAUAGUUGUUAAUAUGCAUUAUAUUUUUAUAUUUCUAUUCCCGUGUGUGUAUAUAUGUAUAUCCUUUGUCAUAUUUAUUGUUGGAAUCAAUGUUUUACAUCUGUGAUUUGAAGAAAAACAUAUUGCUUAUUUUUUAUGAUUUGUUAAUAUGUUAUUGUUGUAAUGGAAAUAUUUAAAAAGAAAAAUAUGGUUAAAAAUAAUUAAGUAAUUUAGUAUGUUGAGUCUAUUUUCCUGACCAUUAUGUCACAAGAUGACAAAGAUGGUGUAUUUGUUAAAAAGAAAAAAAAAUGAAUAGAAAAAGACGUCAAAGUGGUUUCUAAAGCUCUUGUUGUCUCGUGACUUGUGAAUUGUUAAUCAAUGUAUUCGAUACAAUUUGUUAUUUUGUGGUCAUGAUGGUUUGACCCAAUAAUUAUUAUUGCAUUACAAGGCAUUUUCUAUUUUCAUUCAUACGUGUUUUGAUCUUAAAGUAUGAUAUACGGUUUGUGUGAAUGUGAAUAAAGUCUUAUUAUGAUAAUCUGAAAUAAUUCUUGUUAAUACAAUUCUUAGACAUGUCGAUAAGUAAAUCGCUGAUUUAACUAGAGUCCGUCCGUUUUGUACCUAAAUACAAAUUUGUACACAUUAGCAAAACAGGAUGAGUAAAUUAAGAUCAAAAAUAAAGGAUAAAGGAUUGAAGGAAAGACAAAUACAUGUAAGAUUUUUUAAAAACAAAUAUAUUGGUUGUAUUAAAUGUGAUAUAAAGUUAACAAGUUUGGGAGAGCUAAAGAUGCAGAAAAAUAUUCCAAUUUGCACAUUCUUGCUUGAAUAACACUUCAUUAAAGAAACAUCCAUUGUCCAUCAAAGAUAAAAAAUGAACUCAUCGUGAUGAUAACUUUUAAUGUUAAAAAGCUAUUCGAUUCAUUUUCUCGUAUUACAUAUU